AAAAGGGAUUUGACAGUUGCAGGUCUCGAGCUGAUUCUCCAGUUGACUUCCUCAGUGGGACAGAGACCAUGGCGGCUGCGGCGGCGUGCGGCCAGCACAGCGCCGCAUUAACUGCUACCGUUAACAGUAAAAAAACGCACAACAACAGGGAAUACAACCGGAGAAACCGGGAGAACUCUCGCCGGAGACAAGCUGCUCUUUUGUUUCUUAGUAACAUCUCCCUGGACGGGCAGCCGGUCCAGAGUAGUUCAGCCGAGAAUGGAGGAAGUCGCCACCACAAAGACACUGACUUGGACGGAGUCGACUCUGCGGCGGCCGGUCUGUGCCUGGAGCCCGGGAACCCCAGCACCUACGGGACAUUCCACAGUUUAUCCACGUCCGUAAGCUGCGGGAAUGUCACUCCCUCCCCAGUACCGAGGACAGGGCUCCUCGCCGUUCCUCCUAUUCUCGUCCUGCCGUCGGACACAGGGUUCGACGAUGCUGGGAGCGCGGAGGUGCUGCUGGACUGCCGCAGAGGCUCGUUCCCUCCCCCGGGGUCCACUAACCUGCUGUCAGCGUCCCCGUCCAACACCAGCCUCCUACCGUCCCCGCUUGCACCGCGGAAGUCUUCCACGCUGCUGUCGGUUCACAGCUGUAACUCGGUGUCCUCCGAGCCGCGACACAGAACACGUAACCUCUCCGGUGGUUCUCCCAGACCUCGGCACGCCAAGAAGAUCCACUUCAUCAAAAACAUGAAACAAUACGACACAAGAGGCAGCAGGAUCGUGCUCAUCUGUGCCAAGAGGUCUCUAUGUGCUGCCUUCUCUGUUCUGCCCUAUGGAGAGAGCUUCUACCUCAGUGAUCCUACAUUAAACCACCCCAGGAGGAGGCACUCCUCUGGAAACAUCUCCACCACUCUGGAGAUGCUGCCAGGACUUGAGGGUUUCCAGCUGGACACUUAUGGCAGGUCUGUGUCGUACGCUCAGUUCCUGUACCCCACCAACGCUCUGGUGAGGCACAAGCCCUCAUCGACCAGCGACCUGACGCUGCAGAUCCCUGUGUCCAGGAGCACACACAGCAUGCCGGGCAGGAGCUACCCACCCAGCCGACUGAACAGCACUCUAGGACUCGACCUUGGUGUGGAAGACGUGACCGAUUACGACCCCAGCAUCCUCAGUGACCCCCAAUGGCCUUGUGGGAAACACAAACGCGUGCUCAUAUUUGCAUCCUACAUGACGACGGUUAUAGAGUACGUCAAACCAUCUGAUCUGAAGAAAGACAUGAACGAGACUUUUAAGGAGAAGUAUCCUCACAUUAAACUCACCCUCAGCAAAAUACGCAGCCUGAAGAGAGAGAUGAGAGUAGUGGGGGAGGACUGUGGUCUGCAGCCUGUGACCAUUGCCAUGUCGUUCGUCUACUUUGAGAAGCUGGUGCUGCAAGGUCGCCUGAAUAAACAGAACCGGAAGUUGGUGUCAGCUGCCUGCAUCCUAUUAGCUGCUAAGAUCAGCAGUGACCUGAAGAAACAGGAGGUCAAACACCUCAUUGAUAAGCUAGAGGAGCGCUUCAGGAUCAGCAGGAGGGAGCUCAUAUCAUUUGAGUUCACCAUCCUGGUUGCCCUGGAGAUGGCGCUCUACCUCCCUGAGAGCAAAGUCAUGCCACAUUACAGACGACUUAUACAGCAGCAGCAGUUGUAGCAGCACUGCGGCGCACUGAUGCUCCUCUCCAGAGACACUCGCACCUUCUGGCUGCAACACUGUGAAGGACGGAUCCUCAUGAUGCCUGGUUCAGAGGCUCAGAACAUCAUCCUUCAGCUCCACACUGUGUUGGAGGUAAAGCCCGGGCUGGCAGUAUGUGGCCCGAAGGCAUAGCAGCACGAAAGCACCUUUGCCUUCUCCCCUCCCUCAAGCACCAAAGUGAUGACACACUAAAGGCUUUUUGACCAGCAGAUGAACGGUUCAAUUGAGAGACCACAGAAUAAGUUGUCUUGUAGCAGAUUAAGACAUUUCAGCUGCAGCACCAGUCCAGCAGAUGGCUAAUCCUGGACUGUGCCUCACUCUUUGGAAAACUUCUUCUCAAAUUCAGCAGAAGUGCACACUGUAUUGGCAUUAAAGUUCCCUACUUCUGGUUAACCAGACACACUUCUGCAUUUGUUUAGUUUAGUUUUGUGGCAAAACCUCUGUUUUAGGUCCAAUUCAUUUUUCUGUGACCAGGAACUUUGCUCACAAACGAGAACUAAACUGGUAGCAUCCUAUCAUCACAAUCUCUCCCAAAAAUGUCUCACCUUAUUAUUUUUUUAACAUUAUUUCUUCAUGUCUCCGUUCUCUUAUUUUUGUCUUGUUUCUCCGUCCUCUUCUUUAUCUCUUUCUUCAUCUUCUUCUACUUCUCCUCCUCUUUCUGCUCCACGGUUGUUUCAUUAAUGCCAGAACAGGUGCAACAAUUAGUUGAUGAAUGGAAAAUUAUUCUGCAGACCAUAACAUUAAUCCAUUUACUGUACUGCCCCAGAUGGAGAAACUAAACACUGACACAGAGAAUAAGAGUUAGUGUUGUCUGUGAAGACGUUAAUGGAACAGAAGGAACUCUGAGAUUUCCUCAUCCUAUCUGCACUGUGAAGGAACAUCACAGAUACCAAAUCCUUUUUAUUUAUGGACGAUUUUACAAAAACAUGUCAUUAUUUAUUAUUUGUUUUCACUGUAUUAUGAAGGGACAAAUCUAUAACAAAACAGAGGUUUCUACGAAGAUGUUUGACCUUUUUCCCUUCAUACCUUCAUGUUACAGCAGUGGAAACUCUGCUCUGAUAAAAACAACCAUUGGAGGAAAAACAACAACUGCACAAACACUUCCUGUAGAGCCUCUGUUGAUUUUUGCACUUUGCCUUUUAGCUUCACAAUCCUGAAUCUUUAUUUUGUCACAAAGUACCAAUGCUCAUAUUUUUAUACUUGUGGAGUAUCUUAUUGUAAUGUUGUACAUUGACAACUGUAACUGAGAUUUAUUUAUUGCUACUAAUCCUCCAGAUGAGGAACUAUGAAUGGCAGUUGAGUGUCAGACCUGCAGAUGUUGUGCUCUCUUACUAGAUAAUGUAACUCCAGAUGUUUGGACAUGAUUCCUCGUCUUGAAGUCCCUCCACAGAUGUUCUUUUCUCUCGUGUGUUAAAGAACGUGCGUUCUGCGGUUGGAGUUCACCUGCAUCACGUUGGAGCAGGAGAGCUGAUUGUGUUUGUGCCAGAUUUAUAUGAUGAGUUCUGUACAUGACCUGAACGCAUCUCCACAAAGAUGUCAGGUGUUGGAUUCUGUUGUGUUCCAACGUACGUUUUAGAUAUCUGUCUUUAUAGCAGUGCUAGUUUUUAAUGAUGAUGCAGCCAUGUCAUAUAGCACACACUCUGUAUAUACACGAGUUCAACUAUAAUGGCUAUGUAGAUUAUAUUCUUUGACAGUUUUAUCAGGUGGGAAAUUAUGUUGUUUAAUUUUAGGCCUGUUAGGCCUAAAUGUUCAGUAAUAAACGCUUUAAACAAUAAAAAUAAUAAUCAUAAUAAAGAAUAACAACACAAUGACCACCAACCAAGAAUCUGACAAAACUGAUUGCAAAGUUGUCCAAAUACUUUCUGUUAGGUCUCACUUCAAAGAGUUUGUUCAUUUCUAAUGACCUAGUUGUGGCCUUUUCAACCACUAUUCAGGCUGCCUGGUAACCGAAACCCUUGUCAUUGUGGACAGAUAAAAACAUAGUGAUCCACUUUCAGUUUAUUUCAUUGGUUGAGUUGAUGCAUCGUGGCAGCCUUAAUCUGGAUUAGAGCUCAUUACCAUGCAACAUAAUCACAAUAAUGUAACCCUGGAAAAACUACAUAUUUAACUGCAAUCAAGAAAGAAAUGAAGUCAGCUUUAAAGUGAAGGCAAGACAAAAUAAAAAGCACGUAUUUGGAAGGAAAACUGGAGUGAGUUUCAGGUCUGUGCAGAACGUAGCUCUCCAAGAUGUAGUUGUUUUCUCUCCUGCUUUAACAGAUGUGAUGCCGUAGAAUCCAUACUGUACAAUUUGCACUGACGCAGCUCCUAACAGGAACUAACUGUUGGAGCAAAGCUCUGCAGAGACCUGGAGGACGUCCUCUGUUUAAGAUGAAAUAUAUUGAAAGAAGCUUGUCAUUAGACAACAUGCGAAAUAUAAUCCUCUGCUUGGGAGUAGGAGCAGCACAGCGUCUUCUAAAGUGGUUUUCUCUACAUUAGAGAUUUGUGAUAUUGACUCUAUGCAGCUUUUUAUUCCGUCCUCAUCCUCUUCUUCCUCCUCAGUGCGUUUACCUAUAAUGUGCCACAGUGUUUAUAUUUGACCUGUCACUCUUAUUUAAAAAUCACAUGUACACAUUUUAUCUACUUUUUGGUUUUGUAUGAAUGAAUUAUUUGUAUUUUAUUCUUCUUGUGCACUGUAACACUGUAAAGGGAAACAUUUACUAACUGUCUGUCUUUCAUUUAUAGCUAUUGUUUUUACAUUUUAAGUUAAGUUUGUCGUUAAUAUUAGAUUUUUAUAUUGUGUUUGCUUUUUUUGACAACAUGGACGAGCGGCGUUGCAGUCCAGGCAUCACGUGACGGAAAUAUUAUUAAUGUUUUGUGUGGUCUGUUGUUGCUACUGUUGUUCACAACACAUUUACACAUUACAGGUGGCUAAAGACGCAUCACAUUAACUUGUGUCAAGAGCUGAGUUUUUUACUUUUUUUUACAUGAAAUUGAAAUGCAGUAGCAUAAACUGUCUCUAGUGUCAUCGCUGUACCUGCAGUGUCAACAGGCUACACUGCUGGAGGUCAGUAUGCAAAGUAGGAGGAAGUGAGUGACUGAAAAUAUUUAUGGAAAUAUUUUGUAAAAGAUAAAGACCGUAUACUGUUAAAACUGCCAAUGUUCAAUUCAGUGUCAAGUUUAUUUUCAUUAAAAUAUGUAAAUUAC